AUGGUCAAGGCUGCGGUUCUCGGCGCUUCUGGUGGCAUUGGCCAGCAGCCUCUCUCCCUCCUCUGCAAGAUCUCCCCCCUCAUUGAUGAGCUCACCCUCUUCGAUGUUGUCAACACUCCUGGCGUUGCCGCCGAUCUCUCCCACAUUUCAUCCGUUGCCAAGAUCACUGGUCAUGUUGCUGCCAAGGGUGACUUCGCUGGCAAGACCCAGGAGACUGAGGAUGCUAAGAAGGCUGCUCUCACCGGUGUUGACAUUGCCAUCAUCCCCGCUGGCGUUCCCCGCAAGCCCGGCAUGACCCGUGAUGACCUCUUCAAGACCAACGCCGGCAUCGUUCAAGGUCUAAUCGAGGCCAUCGCCAAGUAUUCUCCCGAUGCGUACAUCUUGGUCAUCUCCAACCCCGUCAACUCGACCGUCCCCAUUGCCGCCGAGGUUCUGACCAAGGCUGGUGUCUUCAACCCCAAGAAGCUCUUCGGUGUCACCACCCUCGAUGUGGUCCGGGCUGAGACCUUCGUUGGUGAGAUCUCUGGUGCAAAGGAACCUGCGAAGACCACGAUCCCCGUCGUUGGUGGCCACUCUGGCAGCACCAUUGUGCCCCUCUUCAGCCAGGCCAAGCCUGCUGUCGAUAUCCCUGCUGACAAGCUCGACGCUCUCGUCAACCGUGUCCAGUUCGGUGGCGAUGAGGUCGUGAAGGCCAAGGACGGCGCCGGCUCCGCGACUCUUUCUAUGGCAUACGCUGGCUUCCGCUUCGCCGAAGCUCUUCUCAAGGCCAAGAAGGGCGAGAAGAACGUUGUCGAGCCUGCUUUCGUCUACCUCCCCGGUGUUCCUGGUGGCGAGGAGAUUCAGAAGGCCACCGGUGUCGACUACUUCUCCGUCCCCAUUGAGCUCGGCCCCAACGGUGUCGAGAAGGCCAUCAACAUCCUUCCUAAAGCCAACGACUAUGAGAAGAAGCUGCUCGACGAGGCCAUCAAGGGGCUCAAGGGCAACAUCGAGUCUGGCGUCAACUUCGUCAAGAGCCCUCCCAGCUAG